AUGUCUCAAAAUUCUAACCACCUGAGCAGAAUCCAACUCGAUCAUGUUGUGCCUUUCCCAGAUUCUAGCAGAUCCGUGGUGGUCAGGCGAGAAGGAAAAACCCGAAUCUGCGUCAUAGCAUUUUGCAAUUCGAACGGCCGUGGAAGUGUCCCGAUGAUAGGAGGGACGAUUGAGAUCUUUCUUCACAGGAGCCAAGCUCGUCUCCAUAUCAUUUUCGGCGUCCCUUGGAGGUACCUGCACUGGCGUAUGGAUACAUUUCAAUUUUCUGCAGCCGUUGGAAUGCCAAGCAUGGGGAAGAUCGUCUAUCUGGGAACUGGGCAAAGAAGAAGCCAUAAGAGGCAGCCCCGUAGAAAACGGAGUGGGCUCAGGGCAAAGGACUCAGUGACCGCCGGGGGACACUUCCUGCAGGAUUUGGCUGGUUUCCUGUGCAUUGGGCUGCGAAACAAGGGUCGUCGCUUCCCCACAACUCGUGGUAGCCAAGAAAAGGAACCGAGAGGGGAACGGUCUUCCACUUCCCCGCAUUACCCAGUUUUCGAUUUGCGGGCACCGGCAAAACGUGCAAAGGUUAACCUGGACGGAAACUGUGAGAACUCGGAUCCUGACCGGAAAGCGAAGCGGUGCAACGACGUCCAUGGAAAUCGCGAAAUUGCAAUAUCUGACGCCGCCGGAUCGUUGGAACUGAGCACAGGGGCAUCCUCAUUUCAUUUUGACCGGAAAGGGCCUGAUCCUCACAUCUGUCGCUCCACAGUGGUGAUCAGACGACAACCAGAUGCCCUCGACCACAGUCGACUCAGGAUGCGUUCUGCAGUACGAUGGGGCACUGGCCACUUGCGGCCCCGUAAUUUGAUGUGGUCUCGUGCCUCGAGACUGCCAGCGGACCGCCAUCAAUUGAUUGAGUGA